GAAAUGCAACCAACAUUUAAAGGAACUUGGGCAUUUUCAGAAUUGAACAUUCAAACAUUUUCGAAGAUUUCAGAAUUGAACAUUUCAACAUUUCGAAUUUUUCAAAUUUUUCAUUUUUUUCAAAUUUUAGGAAUUUUUCCAAGUUCGCCCCAGAAAAAAUUUUUUACCAAAAUUAGUUCAGCUCCGCGCGCAUAGACAUACGAACCCUUGCGCGUACCUACACUUGUGCAUACACGCGUAAUUCUCUCCAUUCACAUAUAACAUGCAUGCACCCGUGCGUACGUUUAUUCUGAACAUGGUUAUUCCGCUUGUUCCCUUUUUCUUUGCUUGAAAUUUACCACCCUUUCAUUUUAACCCUUCCAAGCAAGCCACGUAGUUUAAAAAAUAAAAUGGAUAUUUUCAACUGCCAAUACUGCUCAGUAUCUCCGUUCGAUUACAUCUUAGAUUUUAUCUAUGGCGAAAAGCCACCGAAAAAGGAGGAAAAAAAAAGCUCCAAUGUGACGUACGACGAUAGCACCAGUAACAACGUAUCUCAAGUUUUGUCCAAAGUAGGAGAUCAAGUGGAGAAAAGAUCCACGAACGAAAUCUUGCUCCUAUGUCGAGCAUGGGAGAAUUACGUGCACCCCAGGGCCAAGGAAUACUGGAAGGAUUCGCAGCAACUUCAAAAUAUUUUAUGCAAAAUCGCAAACGGCAUCGCCAAAAAUGACGACCCCAUUUUGGGAGAUGACUAUGCAUGUGUCUUUUGGUACGGAGACAAGAACAAAAACGACAACUGCCCUAUCAUAUCGGUGAAAAAGGGAAAUGACAACGUAGAAACCAUCACGUAUGUUAACCGAGUGCUCAUUUUUCUGUAUGCAGACGAAGCCAGCUUUCAGGAACUGCAGAAAAAACCGAAGAAGGCCUUUACCAUGGCGUGUGGGAAUAUUAACUGCAUCAAUUUGACGCACAUUUCUCUAGACGAUUAGGCUUGUGUGGGUUAUCGGCACCAGGAGAUGUUUCUAGGGCUACUACGGAGGUGGUUGAAGCCAGAAAUAGUUACAACAAAGUAACUUCCUAGCGGUACCACUUCACACCAAUGGUGAGUCAAUAAACGGCC